AUGGCGACCGCGGCGGCGGCGGCGUCGCUCCGGUACUUCCCCUCUUCCAUCAGGAACCGCAGCUAUCCCGGAACUAUCGGCGGCGGCGCUGUGGUCACGUUUUCUCCACGGCGGGGCCGCUGUGCGACGGCGGCCGUGGCCGCGCCUUCGCGGGAGGCGGAGCCGGCCUCCUCGCUCGGGGACCUCACCCGCGUAGACUUCCCCAUCCUGGACCAGGAAUUUGAUGGUAACAAAUUAGUUUACUUCGACAAUGGUGCAACAUCACAAAAACCCUCUCAUGUGAUGAAAGCCUUAGACGACUACUACCGAUUUUAUAAUUCGAAUGUUCACCGUGGCAUUCAUGCUCUCAGCGCAAAGGCUACUGAUGCAUAUGAGAGUGCAAGAAGGAAAGUUGCAAAUUUCGUCAAUGCGGCUGAUAGUAGAGAGAUUAUUUUUACUCGUAAUGCUACAGAAGCUAUCAAUUUAGUAGCUUAUUCGUGGGGCCUAUCUAACUUAAAACAAGGAGAUGAGAUUAUUCUUACAGUUGCGGAGCAUCAUAGUGCGAUUGUUCCUUGGCAAUUUGUAUCCCAAAAAACUGGUGCUGUCCUAAAGUAUGUUGGGCUGACUAAAGAAGAGGUUCCAGACAUUGAGCAGUUAAAAGGGCUUCUGUCAAGCAAGACAAAGAUUGUUGUUGUCCAUCAUGUUUCAAACGUCCUGGGUUCAAUGCUUCCUAUUGAGGAGGUCGUAUCAUGUGCAAACAAAGUUGGAGCUAAAGUUCUUGUAGAUGCUUGUCAAAGUGUUCCUCAUAUGCCUGUUGAUGUUCAGAAGCUUGGUGCAGAUUUUCUUGUUGCAUCCUCGCAUAAGAUGUGUGGCCCUACAGGCGUCGGAUUCUUGCAUGGAAAAUUUGAGAUCUUGUCGUCUAUGGAGCCUUUCUUAGGUGGUGGUGGUGAAAUGAUUGCAGAUGUGUUCGAAGACAAAUCUACAUAUGCUGAGCCGCCUUCUAGAUUUGAGGCUGGAACUCCUGCAAUUGGAGAGGCUAUAGGAUUGGGAGUUGCGAUAGAUUAUCUGUCACACUUUGGCAUGCAGAGGAUCCACGAGUAUGAGAAAGAGUUGGGGUCGUACCUUUAUGAGAGCCUUCUCUCUGUUCCAAAUGUUCGUAUCUAUGGCCCGGCGCCUUCUGCAAGUGAUCACCGUGCUCCUUUAUGUUCUUUCAAUGUUGAGAAUGUUCAUCCAACAGAUAUUGCUGAAAUUCUUGAUCUCCAGCAUGGCGUAGCGAUUCGGUCAGGGCAUCAUUGUGCACAGAUUUUGCAUCGCACCCUUGGUAUCAAUGCGAGCGCCCGUGCCAGUCUUCACUUCUACAACACAAAAGAGGAGGUGGAUGCCUUCAUCCAUGGGCUAAAAGCUACCAUUGAUUUCCUUACUUCCCACCACUAG